AUGAGAGCAGCGGUGCGGACGGGGUGGCGGAUCGGAGCCGCUGCCGCCGCCGCUCUGCGGGGCCGGGCCGGGCGCCCGCUCAGCCAGGCGGCCGGGGAGGGCGGCAGCGCUGAGGGCGGUGGCGGCGGCGGCGGCGGCUCGGGGUCGCGGGAGGCGGUGGAGCGGCUGGUGCGGGAGCACCCGGUGGUGGUGUUCAUGAAGGGCAGCCCGGCGCAGCCGCUCUGCGGCUUCAGCAACGCCGUGGUGCAGAUCCUGCGGCUGCACGGCGUGGAGGAUUACCGCGCCCACGACGUGCUGCAGGACCCCGACCUCCGCCAAGGAAUAAAAGACUACUCCAACUGGCCUACCAUCCCACAAGUGUACCUCAAUGGUGAAUUUGUUGGUGGCUGUGAUAUACUCCUCCAGAUGCAUCAGAAUGGAGAUCUUGUAGAAGAGCUGAAGAAGCUAGGAAUCCGUUCAGCGCUUCUGGAUGCUGAAAAAGACCAAGAGAAAAAAUAAAAUGAGCAAGAAAAAUAGCUGUGACAGAAA